UGUGUGUGUGUGUGUGUGGAGUGUGUGGAGUGUGUGUAGUGUAUAGGUGUGGAAGUGGAUGUGGACACAGGUGUGUACGUGGGCCUGCAUUUGUGCAUGUGUGGAAAUGGGAGCUAUAGCAGAGGCUUUUCACAUGCAGAUCUGUAUUGACUGGUAAACAGUCCAUGUAAAACAGCACUUGUCCAUAAUGUUCGUCUUGGCUGUUGAAUGCACCAUGUCACAGUUUUGCCUUUUAACACUGAUCCAGGACUAGCUUCCCCUUCCCUUGCAGCCUAACUGAUGUGGAAUGCUUGGAUUUAUUAUGAUAAUGCUAACGAUAAUCUCUAAUUUCAGACUAACCUCAUAUUAAUCAUCAUCCUUUGAUGGCCGGAUGACUGCUGUAGCUUUCAAGACAGCGAGGGGAAUUUCUCAAUAACACUCUGCUCACACACCUCAUGAUUAGCAAAUGCCAUUAGCAAUGAUCUGUGCAUGCUAACAUGCUACUGUAGCAGCAGCAGCAGCAGCACUGUACACAACCACAAGUGCAUCGCUCCCCAGAUGUACUGUAAUCACUGUGAUGAGUUCACACUGUGGGAUGUGAAGGUAGGUGCCACUCUGCUUGGGCUGUGUGAAUUAGCAAACCAAGCAGACAUUGUUCCUCAUCAGUGGCUUGAUUUCAUAAGCUAUGCCAUUAUGAAAGCCACAAAAAAAAAAAAAAAACUGGUCCUGGAUCAGUUUGUCAUGGCAAUCUUAGAAGGAGCUGGCAUGCAAGAAGGUGUGCUACAAAAAUGCCUGUACCUCACUUUUUAUUUAAAUUUUACGCAACUGUAGCUCCUAUGUCCAACACCUUAACGUGCUGUUGGAUUUAAUUUGGGUGACUGAGGAAGAUUGUACUAUGCCAGUAUAUCCACACACUGCUGUGUAUAUACAUCAUGUCAAUUUGAAUGGCCCCUUUGGAAAGCCUAUCAACCUCACCUAGCCAUGCACUCUAGGCGAAUAGCUGAUAGGUUGCAAAAAAUAUAUACAUUUUUUGCAAGUUUUACCAAAAAAUCACUCCACCCUCCACGCCCCCUAGACCACCCUCUUCCUCUCCCUUGUUCUCCCGCCCCUCCCUCUGUUCCAUCCCUGCCUUCUCCUUUACCCCCCAUUAGCCCUUUCCUCUACUCCACUGCCCUGCCUACCUUAUUCCUUCUCCUCUUGUUCCCUUCAUCUCCCUUCAUAUGCUCGAGGCUGGCAAGGACAAAGACGCUCACCUUACCUGUGGUGCUUCCAUUUGUUGAGUCAUGGAUGAGGAAGGGAGGGACAGAGAGAGAGAGAGAGAGAGAGAGAGAGCGAGAGUGUGAAGCUAAGUAGUUCAACUGAAACAUAAAAUUUCAGGAUCAGGCAAUCAGUUCACUGACGUUUAUUUAUUUUCCCGUCUCUUUAUGUUCAAUUUAUUUUUUCCUUUUAUUCUCUCUGUCUGGGUCAGCAGCACUGUAUCUCUCAGCCUAACCAACGUCAAAGUUAUGCAUGUCAAACAGAGGACCAAGAAGACAGUUAGUUUGAACCCUAAGGACCUCAUAUACUGUAGGAACAAAGAUGUAAAAGUCCGGCUUCAGAAAGUAAAAGUCCUGCCAUGUAUUGUUUCUACCUGUGCACUUAACACAUGUGAUUUCAGUAAUUAUCUGAUCUACCUGGCUUAAGAGUUGUGCUAAUUAAAAUCAGCUCAUUAAGUGAAUGGUUGAAACAAAAAUGGCAGGCCUUUUACUUUCUGAAGACGUACUUGUACACCUCUGUUUAGAAACCAUCUCAAACAGGCAGUAAGAUCAGGCAUGUGACACAGAUAGGGUCUCAGUACAGAGCCGGUUGGACUCAACAAAUGUCUGAAUGAUAUCACCAUUAUUAUGAACAUAGCAUGCAUGUCCCAGCCGACCAAUUAUGCUUAUGCUAGCUUUGGGACUAGGUGUCCUAAAAUUGACAACGUGUCCCAAUUUGCCUGCCUGUAUGCUGGUUUUCCAGGCUGCUAAGGUAGCUGGGUAAUAUCCUCAUCUGUAAUCUGGCAGCCAUUUUGGAUCCAAAAAGCCACUGACUUGACCAAGGCUGUGGCUAAGUCUGUUAUGCAUCACAGCUUCCCUUUACUUGCUUGAACUGUGAGAGCGAGGGUUGUCCCCAGGUCCCAGGGAUGUCCCAAUCCAUAAGUGGAGACAGGAGCAACCCCUCCGCUAUUGAUCCAGUCAAGCCACGGCCCUAGGAAGGGCUGCCAAAGCACCUGGCUCCCUGACCUUGGGUUUAGCAUGCAGUGAAGGGAGGCUCAGGCUGAGCCACAGUCAAUGCCAGAGAUCGCCCCGACUAGGCGUGAGACCCCCGAACUUGUCCAGGUGUUCGUGUGAGUGACUGUGUGUGGAGAAACAAGUGAUAUCUGUCUGUUUUUGAUGUCACCGAAGAUAUCAAAACCAGCUCAAGUGUGAUCUUGUGGUUUUUUCCAGUCUCAUAGCAAAAACUAUAUCUCCACAGACUGCUCCCAUAGUACACAUCUGGAACUAUUAGUUAUGCAGAAGAGAGCAGGUUCUGACUGGUUGCUUUUCUAUUUGUUGGACGAUUCGCUCCAAGGAUAAUUGCCAAAUAAGCGAUAACAAUUACUGUAUCUUAUCUAGAUCUUUAACAAGCUUAUCUUUAGAUAAACAUGGACUUUCAGCAUGAAAUAUCCUGAAAACACCAAUAACCUUGGGACAAAUGAGGUGCUACAGAGCUUAUCACUGCAUGUAAGACAUUGUAAAUUGAGUAGCCUCAGGCCUUUAACCAUUGGUCUAAAAACAUGUAAGGAUUAACUUGAGUGUUGCAUGUUAGGAGAUAAUGGACUCAGGUGUGACAAGGUAAGUAGAUAGAUGUGACACAUAUGCUUUUAUUCUCUUCCCAGCCAUCAGGGGCCCCUCUUUUACUGUCCUCUCUCCUUAUUCCUGUCUGUCUGUCUGUUUGUCUCUCAUCUGGAUGUUUUUGUCCUUCACCAAAACCUCCCUCCCCUUAUGUGUGUGUGUGUGUGUGUGUGUGUGUGUGUCUUCUACUCUUUUUUCUAUGUAUGUUUGUAUGUCCUUCUCUGUCUCUCUUUGUCUCUCCUCUGCCCCUGUUGUUCUGUCUCUUCUUGCUGUCUGACCAUUUCUCGUGUCUCCGCCACUGGUGACCGCAACAGGAGCCUAACCCGAGGGAGCAGCAAAGGGAAAGACAUCAGCACCAUCAAGUCUCUGAGAGUACUGAGGGUACUGCGGCCUCUCAAGACCAUCAAACGGCUACCCAAACUGAAGGCUGUGUUUGACUGCGUGGUGAACUCGCUGAAGAAUGUGCUCAACAUCCUGAUCGUCUACAUGCUCUUCAUGUUCAUCUUCGCUGUGGUCGCCGUGCAGCUCUUCAAAGGCCGCUUCUUCUUCUGCACCGAUGAAUCGAAAGAGUUUGAGCGCGACUGCAGGGGAGAGUACCUGGUGUACAAUGGCAAUGAUGAGGUAAAGGCGCAGAAGCGGGAAUGGAAGAAGUACGAUUUCCACUACGACAACGUGCUUUGGGCCCUGUUAACUCUCUUCACCGUGUCCACUGGAGAGGGGUGGCCGACUGUUCUAAAACACUCGGUGGACUCCACUUUUGAGAACCAGGGCCCGAGCCCGGGGUACCGGAUGGAGAUGUCCAUCUUUUACGUGGUGUACUUCGUUGUCUUCCCUUUCUUCUUCGUCAACAUCUUCGUGGCUCUCAUCAUCAUCACCUUCCAAGAGCAAGGAGACAAGAUGAUGGAGGAAUACAGUUUGGAGAAGAACGAGAGAGCCUGUAUCGACUUUGCGAUCAACGCCAAGCCCUUGACGCGCCAUAUGCCGCAGAACAAGCAGAGCUUCCAGUACCGCAUGUGGCAGUUUGUGGUGUCACCGCCGUUCGAGUACAGCAUCAUGUCUCUGAUCGCGCUCAACACGGUCGUCCUCAUGAUGAAGUAUGAUGGCGCUCCUGAUGCCUAUGAAAAAACCCUGAAGAACCUGAACAUAGUGUUUACCACACUCUUCUUCAUGGAGUGUGUGCUCAAGAUCAUCGCCUUUGGUGUCCUGAAUUAUUUCAUGGAUGCCUGGAACAUUUUUGAUUUUGUUUCUGUGCUCGGGAGCAUCACAGACAUUAUAGUGACGGAAUUUGUGAAUGCGAAUAACUUCAUAAACCUGAGUUUCCUGCGGCUCUUCCGAGCUGCUCGACUCAUCAAGCUCCUCAGGCAGCAGGAGACCAUUCGCAUCCUGCUCUGGACCUUUGUGCAGUCCUUUAAGGCUCUUCCAUAUGUGUGCCUGCUUAUUGCCAUGCUGUUCUUCAUUUAUGCCAUCAUCGGGAUGCAGUUGUUUGGUAACCUGGCUCUGGAGGAGGAGAAUGCCAUCAACGAACACAACAACUUCAGAACCUUCAUCAUGGCCCUCAUGCUGCUCUUCAGGAGUGCCACGGGUGAGGCGUGGCAUGAUAUCAUGCUGGCAUGUCUGGGCGGCAAUCCUUGUGACCCCGACUCGGGCAACACCAAGCCUGAGUGCGGCAGCAACAUGGCCUACGCCUACUUCGUCUCGUUCAUCUUCUUCUGCUCCUUCCUGAUGUUGAACCUGUUUGUGGCCGUCAUCAUGGACAACUUUGAGUACCUGACCCGGGACUCAUCCAUCCUUGGCCCACACCACCUGGAUGAGUAUGUGAGGAUAUGGGCCGAGUAUGAUCCCGCAGCCUGCGGGCGCAUUCAUUACAAGGAUAUGUACAGUUUAUUACGAGUAAUCGACCCCCCUCUUGGUCUGGGCAAGAAAUGUCCACAUAGAGUGGCCUGCAAGAGGCUGCUGCGCAUGGACUUGCCGGUCGCCGACGACAACUCGGUGCAUUUCAACUCCACUCUCAUGGCCUUGAUCCGUACUGCCCUGGACAUCAAGAUUGCAAAGGGGGGCGCAGACAAACAUCAGAUGGAUGCAGAGCUGCGCAAGGAGAUGAUGGCCAUCUGGCCCAACCUGUCCCAGAAGCACCUGGACCUCUUGGUCACUCCGCACAAGUCAGCGACAGACCUGACGGUGGGGAAGAUCUACGCGGCCAUGAUGAUCAUGGAGUACUACCGCCAGAGCAAGGCCAAAAGGCUCCAGGCUCUCCGUGAGGAGCAGGUACCGAACCGAACGCCGUUAAUGUUUCAGCUCAUGGAGCCAUCCCCAACCCAGGAAGGGGGACAACCGGGGGUCAACGGGGUCCCCCAGAUUCAGCAGGAGCCAAUCAACAGUCUACCUCCUGUGGGUGACAUGACAGAGAGCCAGUCCUGGGUGACGGCUAAAGACCAGGAAAUGUUCCAGAAAACGGGCAACUGGAGCCCCGACCAGCCCUACCCUGAUGACACCCGCGACAACCGUCACAAUCCACAGACGGUAGAGAUGAGUGAGAUGGGGCGGGACGGUUACUCGGACACUGAGUCCUAUCACCCAAUGGAAGGGCAUGGGCGGACCAUCUCCAUGCCCCGCCUCUCAGCAGACAACCAAACCAUCACAGACAACAGUCCGCUGCGGCGCUCCACCUCGUCUCUGGUGCACGGGCGCUCAGGGCGAGGUGUGCGUCUAGACGACUACUCGCUGGAACGCGUGGUGUCCGAGGAGGGCAGCCAGCGACACGGGCACCGCCGCCGCGACCGGGACCGCAACCACAGCCACCGCGCCUCCGAGAGGUCGCUGACACGCUACACCGACGCCGACACGGGCCUGGGCACAGACCUGAGCACCACCACCCAGUCGGGUGACCUGCCGCCCAAGGAGCGGGAGCGAGAGCGUGGGCGUGCCAAGGACCGGCGGCACCCCCAACCCCACCACCACCACCACCACCACCACCACUCGUCCUCUAUGGACAAGGAGCACUACGCGCCCGAGCGCGGCGACUACCCGCACCACCACGGCCACGACCGCCGCGAGCGACACUGGUCUCGCUCGCCCAGCGAGGGCCGCGACGGCCGCGCGCACCGACAGGGCAGUAGUUCGGUGAGCGGGAGCCCCGUGCCGUCGACGUCGGGGACCAGCACGCCCCGCCGCGGCCGCCGGCAGCUGCCCCAGACCCCGUCCACGCCGCGGCCGCACGUGGCCUUCACGCCGGUGGUGCGCAAGCCGGCUUACGGCUCGCCGGGCCACCAGCCGCCGGGGUCACAACCGCGGCUCCGAUCGCCCUCGCCACGCCACUACUCCCCGCCGCCGGGCCACCCGGACGCCCCCUACCGCGGCCCGCCGUCGCGCCACGCCUCUCCCCACCACCACCACCACGGCUCGCCGCGCUCGCCCCGACACCAACACCACCACCACCACCACCACCAGGGCGGCGGCCGCUGGGCCGGACCUCCCCCGCACCCCCCGUCGCUGUCCCACGAGGGCAGCCUGGAGGGCGACGGGCCUUUCUAUGAGCCCGACUACGAGUACGAGCGCCACCACGAGCCGCCGGCCUACGAGCAGAGCCUGCACGAGGGGGGCAACCCGCACCACCACCACCUGCCGCCAGGCCCGCCGCUGCAGCCGCCGCAACAGCCGCGCUCGCCCAGGACAGCCCGCCAUCACGGAGGAGGAGGAGGAGGUCCCCCGCCAGGGCCCCCGGGGCCACACCCACCGCGGCGCGUGCCCAACGGCUACCGCUCGUCCUCGCCCUCUCCGCACAGGCGCGGCCCCCACCCGCCACCCCCACCCGGGGGCCCCAACCGGCCACACCCCCACAGCCGCGGGCCCCGCAAGGGCCUCCACGAACCCUACAGUGAGACAGACGAGGACGACUGGUGCUAGUGUUCCCCGCCUGAAGCCCGAGGAGGAGGAGGAGGAGGAGGAGGAGAGAGAGAGAGAGAGAGAGAGAGGGGGUUUGAUUGUAA